AUGGCUGGCAUAGAUAAAGAUCAGAAUUUGAGAACCAAAAACAUCCAAACACAGAUUGCUGAUGUUAAUGAUGAUGAGAUAAAUGAGCAGCAGAAGAAGAUAUGUUCUUUAACACAGGAGAGAAAUGAACUCCAACAAAUGUUAGAAAGGAUUACGGUAGAAAAGGAACAGUUGAAGACAGAUCUAAAGGAAAACAUUGAAAUGACCAUUGAAAACCAGGAAGAAUUAAGAAUUCUUAGAGAUGAACUUAAAAAACAACGAGAGAUAGUUGUACAAGAAAAGAACCAUGCCAUAAAGAAAGACGAAGAACUUUGUAGGACCUGUAAGAGAUUGGCAGAAGUUGAAGAAAAGCUGGAGGACAAGAGCCUUCAACUCCAAGAAAAACAGCAACAACUUCUUACUGUCCAAGAAGAGAUGACUGAGAUGCAGAAAAAGAUGGAUGAAAUGGAGAAUUUAAAGAAUACAUUAAAGAACCGAGAAUUAAUAUUGGAACAUAUGGAAAUGGAGAAACAAGAGUUGGCUCAGAAACUUCAUGAAAAUUAUGAGGAAAUGAAAUCCAUAAUCAAAGAAAGAAAUGACCUAAAGGAAUUGCAAGAGUCAUUUGAAAUAGAAAGAAACCAACUUCAAGAAUGUAUAAGAGAAAUUGAAGCUGCAGGCCUACAAACAAAAGAAGAAUUAAACCUUGCUCAUAUGCAUUUAAAAGAACACAAAGAAACUAUUGAUGGGCUGAGAAGAAGCAUUUCUGAGAAAGAAGCUCAAAUAAUAAAUAUUUGGGAGGACUCAGGAAAAUCCAACACCAAAUUACAAGAAAAGAUCCCAGGGCUUCAUAAGAAACAAGAGCCACUUCCUAAUAUGAAAGAAGUCAGUAGGAUUCAGGAAACAGUGAAUGAACUGAACCUCCUGGAAGAACAAUCCAAAACCGUGGAUUCAACAAUACCAGGAAGUAUAGAAAUGGAAAGCCUCAGACUGAUUGAGAAAGUUCAAGAAAGUCAAGAAGAGAGAAAAUCUCUAACUAAGGAUGCAAAAGAAGCACUUCAAAUUGAAUGUGACCAGUUGAAAGAAGACAUUAGAGAAACUUUGUCUAAUAUCCAAGAGGCUCAAGACAAAAGAGAACAGUCCUUUAAUAUAGAAGAAAAAGCCAAUGAGACUACUAAAAUAAUGAGUGAGAUGGAGCAAUUGAAGGAGCAGUUCAAAGCCAAAGAGUCAGUGCUACAAAGAGUAGAAACAGAAAAGCUCAAGUUGUCCAAGAGACUUCAAGAAAGUCACGAUGAAAUGAUGUUAUUAGUUCAGGAGAGAGAUGACCUGCAGGGGCUACACAAAGUUCUUCAAUCAGAACACGACCAACUCACGGAACACAUGAGAGAAAUCACAGCUAAACACCUGGAAACUGAGGAGGAACUUAAAGUUGCUUGUUGUACCCUGAAAGAACAAGAGGAAGCUAUUGAUGCACUGAAAGUGAAGCUCUCUGAGAGGGAGACUGAAAUAGCAAGCAUUCGAAAAGAACUAGAGGCAACCAGUGGCGAAUUACAGAAAAAGAUUCAAGAGCUUUAUGAGAAACAACAAAUUAUCAGUGUAAAAGCAAUUAAUGAGACUCAGGAGAAAACAACUGACCUAGAACAAUUCAAGGAGCUUCUUGAAGCCAAAGAUUCAGCACUGCAAAGUAUAGAAAAUGAUAGACUCCAGCUAAGUAAGAGACUGGAAGAAAGUCAAGAAGAAAUAAAAGUUGUAAUUAAGGAAAGAGAUGAAUUAAAAAGAGUACAGGAGGCCCUUCUGGUGGAGAGAGACCAACUAAAAGAAAAUAUUAAAGAAACUGUAGCUAAAGUAACAUCUCCAUGUCCUAACUUAAUUUUAUUUUCUCAGGAAAAAGAACAUCAGUGUCUUAAGAUGAAAGCUGUUGAUGAGGCUCAGGAAAAAAUAUGUGAAAUGGAACGCUUGAAAGAGCAAUUUGAGGCACAGAAGUCAACUCUGGAAAAUAUAGAAAAGGAGAAUGUAAAGUUGACUCAGAAACUCCAUGAAAAUCUUGAAGAAAUGAAAUCUGUAACAAAGGAGAGAGAUGACCUUAGGAAUAUGGAGAAGACUCUCAAGGAAGAGAGAGAGCAGCUCGAGGAAAACCUUAAAGAUACCAUAACUAGAGACCUGGAAAAACAAGAGGAACUAAGAACUACUCAUGUGCAUUUGAAAGAGCACCAAGAAACUAUCAACAGACUCAGAGGGAUUAUUUCUGAGAAGACAGAUGAAAUAUCACAUAUACAACAGGACUUAGACAAUGCAAAUGGUACCUUAAAAGCACAGGAGCUGAAAAAGCAAGAGGAACUAAGAAUUGCUCACAUGGAUCUGAAAGAACACCAAGAAACUAUUGAUAGACUCAGAGAGAUUGUUUCUGAGAAGACAGAGGAAAUAUCAACUAUGAAAAUGGAUUUAGAAAAUUCAAAUGCUAAAUUACAGGAAAAGAUUCAAGAACUUAAAGCAAAUGAACAUCAACUUUUUAAGUUAAAAGAAGAUGUCAGAGAAACACAGAAACAACUCAAGAACCAAAGUUUGAUUCUGGAUAAAAUGGAAAUGGAGAACUUAAAUUUGGUUCAGAAACUCCAUGAAAACCUUGAAGAAAUGAAAUCCGUAAUGAAAGAAAGAGAUAGUAUAAGGAGAGAAGAGGAAAUGCUCAAGCUGGAGAGAGAUCAACUGAAGGAAAACCUGCAGAAAACCCUGGCCACCGACCUAGAAACACCAGAACUAAAAAUUGCUUAUAUGUGUCUGAAAGAAGAAACUAUUGAAUGCAGAGAAAAGGUUUCAGAAAAGACAACUCAAAUUUUAAAUAUUCAGAAAGAUUUAGAUAAAUCAAAAGUUGAAUUACAGAAUAAGGAUCAUCAAACCCACAAAGAAGUAGUGAAAUUUAAAAGGUUACUAUGUGAUGGAGAACAACACCUUACAAAAAGCCUGAAAGAAAAGUGCUUCAGGAUAAAAGAGCUUCUGAAGAGAUAUGCGGAGAUGAGUAAUGAUUAUGAGUGUUUGGAUAGAUUGUCUCUUGACUUGGAGAAGGAAACUGAAACCCAAAAGGAGCUUUCAAUUAGAGUAAAGGCAACCCUGUCACGUAUAUAUCCACAAACCAAAGACAUUCAAAAGCUUCUUACUGCAAACCAGAGAUGUUCCAUGGAACUCCAAAGAGUCAUGAAGAAACUUAAGUAUGUGUUAAACCAUGUUGCAAAGACAAAGGAAGAACAACAUGAUUCCAUCAAUAAAUUUGAAGUGGCUUUUAUUGAUGAAGUGGAAAAGCAAAAUGAAUUGCAAAUUAAAAUACAGGACCUGCAACAGGGUUAUGAUGUACCAUGCAAAGAAUUGAAAGACCUAACAUGUAACCUGAAUGUGGAUCUACAUAUUGAGGAACUACUCAAAGAUUUCUCAGAAAAUGAUUUCACCAGCAUAAAUACUGAAUUGCAACAAGUACUAAGUAACAGGAAAGAAAUGACUCAGUUUUUGAAAGAGUGGUUGAGUACUCCUUUUGAUAUAGAAAAGCUUAAAAAUGGCAUCCAAAAAGAAAACAAUAGCAUUUGUCAAGUAAAUAAAUUCUACAACAACAAGAUAAAU